AUGGGAGUGCUGUGGUUUUUGUUUGUGAUACUGGCAGCGGGGAAAGCGCUGGAGUUAAAAAAUCAGCAAUAUCAUCAGAUGCCACAGCUGUUUCAGCUGGAUGACUACGAGAAGUGCCUUGCGAAUGGACGUGGUGCUUUCUGCCUUGGUAGCUUCAACCUUGUAGCACCGCCUAAUAACCGCUUAUUUAAUGUUAUACAGAAAAUCUCUGAAGAACGCUACAACUUCAAUCACACACGUAUCCACCGGGGCUACUGCGUUUCAUCAAGAUGUUCAGACGUUGAGGAGGUUUCCCUAAGAAGAAAGUUUGUGAAGUGCGUCAAAAACAUUACACAAACGCAUCACGGCUUCGAUGCAAAACUUUCGUCUCUCGACUACUGCAAGACAAGUAAAACACCGCCAUCGCGACCAAUCGAUGGUCUUGACGUAGCGUUCAUUUAUUUCAGCGGACUCAUAUUACUAAUGAAUGUGAUUGGAACUAUUUACGACUUCGCACGCAACCCUGACCACAAACCUAACCGAUAUUUGAUAACUUGGUCCUUAGUUGAGAGCUGGAAACGACUGGCAAAUUCGUAUGAAAGUGGAAACCCUAGGCUUACGUCUUUAAAUCCUAUUAAUGGAAUAAAAGCAUUUUUUAUGAUUACCAUUAUCCUGGCACAUGCAAUGUUCGCAUUGCACAGUUCAUAUAUCCAAAAUCCUCAGUUCAUGGAGAACGCAAGUCGACUCCCGCUAAGCACGCUGUUUCAAAACGGAUACGUAAUCAUACAGACGUUCAUCAUGCUGUCCAGUUUUCUCCUCGCCUACAACCUGUUGAUCAACAGUGAAAAAGACCCAAAGAAGGGCCUUACCCUUCGCUCACUACCACGUGUCAUCUUUAAUCGUAUAGCAAGGUCAGUUACUAUAGACAAACCGCUUAUUUGGCGGAUCGCACGCGCGGUGUAG